CCUAUGUCGAAUUUGAAUGCGCAGCGUCGCUUCGCAGACAAUUUUGAAUUUCGAAGUCAGCUGUCAAAUGAACUUCCGUUUGCACCAUCUAGUACCGCUCUGCUGCUACCUUCGACAUUCUUUUCCGGCUGUCAUUUACACCGAGGAGAAAAACAUGGCUCCCCGAUACGAAAUCUGUGUUGGUCUGAACAAAGGCCACAAGACCACAAAGCUGAAGCAGCUGCAGUACCGCGGUGAUCGCAAGGUCAAGGGAAUCCGUCCGUCCCGUACAAAGGGGAUUCAAACCAAACACACCAAGUUCGUGCGCGAUUUGGUCCGAGAGGUUGUCGGUCAUGCCCCGUACGAGAAGCGCGGUAUGGAAUUGCUGAAGGUGUCCAAGGAUAAGCGCGCGCUGAAGUUCCUGAAGCGUCGCCUCGGUACGCACAUCCGUGCCAAGAGGAAGCGUGAGGAACUGUCCAACAUUUUGGCCCAUAUGCGUAAGGCUGCCCACAAGUAAGCAGUGGUCUGUCCGGUUCUUGUAAUUUAAGAAUUACUACAUCCAAAAGCUUCUGUGAAAGGAAAAAAAAUGCCCCUAAAUAUAAAAGCAGAUCGCGUUGACUGAAA